GAAACGACCUGAGCUGUGGUGCAGAGUUUCUGUCUCUUGAAUAAAGCGACAAUUUCGUGCCCGUGGAUUUGCGCCGCCGGCUGCAUAUCUCCAACGUCCUUCCCGCCAUGGCGUCCAAACACUCAACGUCUGCUGCCUCGACAAAACGGAAGGCAGCCUCGGGUGAUAAGCAUAGUGACGGAAGCAACCGCGCCAAAAAGGCGAAGACGGCCACUGGUCCCAAGCAUCAGAAGUUUGACAAUGAGGAGGAGGCGGCCUUGGACAGCGAUGGCAGCGGGUUCUCGGACUCUGUAGACGGGGGCGCCGAACAGGCGGACGCUCGACGCGACCGGGUCCCGGCGAAACGAAAAGAAAACGGGCGGAACAAGGGCCACCCGGCUGAACGAGCCCAGACGUCCCGUGAGGCCCACGCAAGACAGAAACAACUGGCACAAGAGCGCAAGGCCGCGAAGCCAUUGGCUGACGAGGUGUACCGGACGAAGCAGCUGUGGGAGAAACUGCGUCGGAAGUCGCAUGUGCCCAAGCAAGAGCGCCAACAGCUCGUGGACGAGCUGUACGGCAUCAUCACCGGGCGCAUCAAGGACUUUGUGCUGAAGCAUGACGCUGUUCGAGCCGUCCAAACCGCCAUCAAGUACUCGACCCCAACCCAGCGGAAGCAGAUCGCCAAGGAGCUCCAGGGCACGUAUGCCCAGCUUGCCGAAAGCAGAUACGCCAAGUUCCUCAUUGGAAAACUGCUCGUUCAGAACGAUGACGAGAUCCGAGACAUGAUCAUCCCCGAGUUCUACGGCAAGGUGCGGAAGCUCAUCAACCACCCGGAAGCUUCCUGGAUCCUGGAUGACAUCUACCGCGGGGUGGCUACCAAGGAGCAGAAGGCCCAAAUGCUGCGGGAAUGGUAUGGACCCGAGUUUGCCUUGUUCAAGGCCGGCAAGGAUGCAGAGGUCACUGCAGAUCUCAGCAAGAUCCUUGCCGAUGAGCCUAGCAAGCGAGGCCCGGUUAUGAAGUACCUGUUCGACAUGACGAACACCCUGGUUCAGAAAAAGAUGACCGGCUUCACCAUGCUCCAUGAUGCCAUGCUGCAAUAUUUCCUCAAUCUCAAACCAGAGAGCGAAGAACUCAAGGAGUUCGUGGAGAUCGUCAAGGAGGAUGAUAACGGCGACCUGCUGAAGAACAUGGCUUUCACCAAGUCGGGGGCCCGCCUUGUGUGCUUGCUCUUGGCCCACGGAACCGCCAAGGACCGCAAACAGAUCAUCAAGACAUACAAGGACACGUUCCAGCUCAUGUGCGGCGAUCCUCACGGUCACAUGAUCCUGCUGGCGGCGUACGAUGUCAUCGACGAUACCGUGUUGACUUCCAAGACGAUCUUCCCAGAGAUCCUGGGCAGGAACGAGGAAAAGAACAUUGAAAACAUUAUCUUCCUCGCUAACGACCUCAAUGCUCGCAUCACGGUCUGCUACCUCUUCGAGGGGCAAUCCAAGUCACUAUUUCCCGCCAGCCACGCCUACGACCUGGAGCUUCUAGGCGAGAUCCACGAGAUCCGCAAGAGGACAAGCAAGAAGGAUCCCGAGGUUCGGCGCAAGGAAUUGGUGGCGGCCAUGUCUCCCCCCCUGCUGGCGGCAGUCGCGACCUCGCCCGCCGACCUCGUUGCCACGUCCUUUGGAUGUCAAUUCGUGGCCGAUGUCCUAUUAUCAGCAAUUGGCGAUAAGAAAGCUGCUCUAGAGGCCGUGGCUUCGACCGCGACGGGCGACCCAUCGCCGACACAGCCAGAGGAUGGCGACCCCCUAUACCCUUCCCCACCUCACAUCUCGCUGACAACGCACGGUGGCAAGAUGUUCAAGACCUUGAUCGCCGGCGGCAGGUUUGACAAGGCGGCCGGUGUCGUCAAACGGGUUGAUCCGCCACUCAACUUUGCCGAUAUCCUCUACCCCAUAAUCAAGGAACACAUUUUGCAGUGGGCAACUGGACCUAGCUCCUUUACUGUGUUGGGGUUACUAGAGGCACCCGACUUCUCUUCUAAGAAGGAGCUCUUAAAGAUUCUCCGUUCGAACAAGAAGACGCUCGAGGAAGCGGCUGCUGGGGAAACGGCUGACAAGGCUGAAACGAGUAAUGGGAAGAAAUCGAAAUCGAAAGCCAAGGGGCAGCAGCAGGAUAAGGGCAAGUCUGGUGGAAAUCAGGGAGCAAAGCUGAUUCUCGAAAAGUUAUAACGGGGCAUGUGGCGGGCUCACUUGGCGACAGGGGCGCAGGACGGAGAUGUGGGAUGGAUCACAUCUGACAGUCUGAGACUUGAU